UUUGCUUUCUUGUGCCCUCUUUUUUCUCCCUCCAUUAUCAGUGCCUCUUUCCAGCCCUCCUCACUUCUGGCCACUGGGUCUGGGGUCCGAUCCUGUCUGGAAAAUGAUGAAUUUUCAUUGGCAGAUGCUCUACCAGAACAUUCGCCUGCCAAAAAUUCCACUGUGAGCAGUACAAAACCUGGUCAGCCACCAGAGGGCUGGCCAGGUUCCAAUCCUUGGAAUAACCCAAGUGCUCCACCUUCUGUGCCAUCUGGACUUCCACCAAGUGCAUCACCCUCUAGUGUGCCUUUUGGACCUGCACCCACAGGAAUAUAUCCCCCAGUGCCUGCUGGACCACCCCCUGGACCUCCAGCACCCUUUCCUCCCUCUGGACUAUCUUGUUCUCCACUUGGUGGUUCUUAUCCAAUUCCAUCCGUGCCAGGUCCUGGCCCUACAGGGCCAUAUCCUACACCAAACAUGCCUUUUCCAGACCUUCCAAGACCUUAUGGCACACCCACAGAUCCAGCUACAGCUGGUCCCCUAGGGCCAUGGGGAUCCAUGUCUUCUGGACCGUGGACUCUAGGAAUGGGAGGGCAGUAUCCUACACCUAAUGUGCCAUAUCCAUCUGCAGGGCCAUAUCCUACUCCUCCCCAAGCACCACCAACAGCACCACCUUACUUCCAAGUGAGUAAGCUCACUUACUUCCACCAGAAUGAUAUCUAG